AAAAUUAAUUUUUAAGUUAAAAUUACAUUUAUUUACAUUUAAUGCCAAGAUGGCAACAGUUUCAACUGUUUCUAUUAUGACAAAACUUAGAAUUUUACUUGACAAGCAUCCAUUAAUUAAGGGUAUGUUAUCUUAUGGUACUCUAUGGCCAACAGCAUGUUUUAUUCAACAAACAGCAAUUGAGGGAAAGAAAAUUGAAAAUGUUGAUUGGAUACGUUGCCUUAAAUACUCAAUUUAUGGUGGAUUCUAUACAGCACCAACAGUAUAUGCAUGGAUUCGUAUUGCACAAGCGGUAUUUCCAAAAAAUACUUUACAAGCUGGAAUUCAAAAAGCUUUCGUAGAUCAAAUAUCAUAUGGACCAUUUGCAAUAGCUAGUUUUUAUACUGGAAUGAGCCUUCUUGAAGGUAAAACAUUUGAUGAAGCUCUUAAAGAAUUACAAACGAAAUUUUUUUCAACAUGGAAAGUUGGUGCACCAGUAUGGUUUACAUUACAAACAAUUAAUUUUGCAUAUGUACCACAAAAACAUCGUGUUGUAUAUAUAAGUUUUUUUAGUUUAUUAUGGUCAACAUUUUUAGCUUAUAUGAAACAAAGAGAACGUGAACUUUUAAUUCAAACUCCAAUAGUUUCUAAUACAAUAGUAAAAUGUAAUGAAAUGCGAAAUAAAUAAAAUUUAAUCAAUAUUUUAAAAUAGGUGAAACAGCCUAAAGAAUCAAUAUGAAGAGAAUCUUAAAAAAGACAAAAGAAAAAAAUUUUACACAAGAAAGAUAUUACUUAAAUAUUUUUUUAUUUUAUUUUAAUUUAUUUAAGAAAAAUACAAAAAAAAAAAUUAAAAGUAUUUUUAAGGCAAACGUUAAAUGUAAAAUUGUAUUAAAUGUUUUGUUUUUAAAACAAAUUUCUAAAAGAAAAAAAACCAAAUGUAUUUAUUUUAAUUAUUUUAUUUAUAUAUAAUAUUUAAGAAUAUUAAUUAUAAUGUACAUAUAUUUGUGUACCUGUAAACGUUAUGUAAAUAUUUUCAACGCAUAAAUAGCAUAAUUAAAAAAAUUUCGAAAUAUUAAAAUUUUAAUAAAAUAAUUGUUUAC